AACUCAAAGCAGUGAUCUUAAUCUAAGGUUGUCUUUGUCUCUAACAAACAUGGACAAUGGUUGUUUCGCUUCUCCUAGACGUGAUUUUCCUGCUGGUCUGAGAGUUCUUGUUGUGGAUGAUGAUCCCACGUGGCUGAAGAUCCUUGAAAAGAUGCUUAAGAAGUGCAAUUAUGAAGGUUUUUUUGUUACUUUGUUUAAGUCACGAGUGGUUCUUUUCUCUUUCCACACACUGCCACUUUUGUUAUCAUGAGCUGUGUUAUUAUCAGUGUUUAUUUGGUAUACUAAAGAUCUUCAAGUUUAUAUAAAUUUUUCUAAUGCACAGUUACUGUGUCGUCAAGAUCAUACUUUCCAGGUUUUGGUUAUAUUUUUAAAAUUUAUAGUAUGUGGUGGGUCGUGGUCAUGUUGUCAUGAUUCAGUUUCUAAGGAAUGUGACUUUUUUUUUUUUUUGGGAAACAAAAAUAAAAAGAAACAAAUUUUCUUCUAAUGAGCAUUUAAACUGAUGACAUUUUAGUAGUUAGUUAAUGAUGUUAAUUGUAUGCGUUUUUGCAGCAUUUUUCUUUCUAUUUUUUGUUUUUUGCGUUAAUCUAAGCUUUUGAUAAAUUAAUCUGAUGACUUUUUAAAGUACGACCCUCUUCAAUUUUUCAAGAAGCAAAAACUUGAAGUUCAGAUCGCAAAAGUUAUUAGGAGAUGGAGAAGGUUAUAUAAAAUUAUUAGCUCCGGUUCUAUAUUCUGCGUUACAAUGUUUUAAUUAAAAAAUGUAAAGAGGAGCAUAAGCAAGUUCCCUUGUCAAAUUUGAUUCUUCCUAAUCUAAAUUUACUGUUUUUUUUUGGCAUUCUAUAUAUUUUCUUUGAAACUACAAUGCCAUCUUGGUAAUCCUACUUUCUCAUCCAUUGAUAGCAUGCACUAACAUUAAUGUGAGACGAUAGUUGGUGCACUACCACUGGUAUCUGAGAUUUAGUUCUUAAAAAAAAUCGAGUAAUUGAAUUAACGCUUUUUCUAAUAUGUUUUCAAGGACAUAUGAUAAAAAAUUAAUAAAUAGUAAGUUUCUAUUAAAUGUUAUUAAUACAUCGAAUUCAAUAAUAUUAUGUGAUUUUUAAUAAAAUCUUAUUAUAUAUAAGUUCUUAUUAUGUGUGCCUAUAGAUAUGUAAGAAAAACAAUUGAAUUAAGCUGAACAAACGAAAUUGUACGUCUUUUUGGGUUUUUGAAAAUGCGAGGCAUUACUGCAUCACCACAAUCUCACCUAGACAGUUAGAUUGAGCAUUUGACCUCAGAAGAUUGUAAAAACUUUUUGUCAUAGAUGAAAGAGAGAAAAUUUAGUGCUCAUGUCUCACAGUUUAUGAGGUCUUUACAUGAUGCAAUAUUAAUAAGUUAGAUUUUGAGAAAAUCUUUGGCUCCAAAAUUUGAGAAUAUCUGUAACAAUAAGAGACCUUUAAAGCUUUUUGUUCAGCCAAUAUCUUUAUUGGCUUCCACUCUUCUUUCUGUUCCUUUUCUUUUUGUUUCUGUUCAUAUAAGUGAGAUUUGACAGAAUUAGCAAAUUUUGGAAAGCAAGCACACGUCUUAUAUCUCUUAUGUAUUGUAUGUUAUGAUGGCUGAUUUGAUAAAUCAUUCUUACUCUUUACCAUCAUUUGCUUCAGUGACUACUUGUUGUUUAGCAAGACAUGCUCUAAACUUGCUUCGUGAAAGGAAGGAUGGAUAUGAUAUAGUGAUCAGUGAUGUAAACAUGCCCGAUAUGGAUGGUUUCAAACUUCUUGAGCAUGUUGGACUUGAGAUGGAUCUUCCUGUCAUUAUGAUGUCUGUGGAUGGAGAAACAAGCAGGGUUAUGAAAGGUGUUCAACAUGGAGCAUGUGAUUAUCUCCUUAAGCCUAUAAGGAUGAAAGAACUGCGAAAUAUAUGGCAGCAUGUCUUUAGAAAAAGGAUACACGAGGCAAGAGAAUUUGAAAGUUUUGAGAGUUUUGAGAGCAUUCACUUGAUGAGGAAUGGAUCGGAGCAAUCAGAUGAUGGGAACCUGUUUGCUGUAGAAGAUUUGACCUCGACAAAGAAAAGAAAAGAUGCAGAUAACAAACUUGAUGACAAAGAAUUUUUGGAUCCAUCUUCCACCAAGAAAGCCAGAGUAGUUUGGUCUGUAGAUCUUCAUCAGAAGUUUGUUAAAGCUGUGAAUCAUAUUGGCUUUGAUAAAGUUGGUCCCAAGAAAAUACUAGAUUUGAUGAAUGUUCCAUGGCUCACUAGAGAGAAUGUUGCUAGCCACUUGCAGAAAUACCGGCUUUAUUUGAGUAGGAUUCAGAAAGAAAACGAUCAGAGAUCUUCCUCAAGUGGAAUGAAGCAUUUGGAUUUACCUUCAAAAGAUCUGGGAAGUUUUGGCUUUCGGAUUUCAGUAAGCAAUCAACAAAAUGAUGUUUCAAUUGACAGUUACAAUUAUUCAGAUGGAUCAUUACAACUUCAGAACGUGGAAACUAAAACUCAUGAAGGUGAUCCCAAGGGAAUUGUAUCACAGUCCACCACGGCAGAAAAAGGAAGGCCUGUGACUGGUAACAUUACUGAUACAGAGGUAAGAGAGAGUUUAAGGAUGUGCCGUAAUCAACCUUUUGCCCCUCUAGAGUCUGAAGGAAAUCAUGCAGUGUUUGAUUGCUCCUUGCCAACACAGUACUCUUGGACUGAAGUUCCACAUAUGCAACUCAAAGAAGAACACAAGUCCCUUGUUCAUUUAGACGAUAGCUUCAAUCCUUUGCCAUUACAUGGUAAGAAGCAUCACAUUCAAGUUGAUCAAUCACAAUCAAUUGCUUCAAUUAGCUCCACUCCCUCAGUAACGGAUGAAGAGGUUGCUGCUUGUGUAGAAACAAAACCUUUGUUUGCAGAUUACAAGAAUGAUUAUGCCAGUUCUGUGAGUUCUAUAGGGAAUGCAGUUGACACCUUUCCUAUUCAACCAGGAAGCCUUACAAUGAAUGAUCAAUCCUCAGAACCCAUUCCCACUAUAAAUUCAGGCUUGAAAACACAGGGAUACAAUCUUAGUUGCAAUUCUGAUCUGGAAUUUUACCAAAGAAACCUACUUUUGGGAGGUGAUGCAACUUCUGCACCUUUGGAUGAGGACUUGCAUUUCUAUUGGCUACAAGGUGAAUGCUAUAACAUGAACUUUGGUCUGCAGAAUAUAGGGAUGUCUGAGUAUUAUGAUCCAGGACUUAUUACAGAAGUUCCAACCCACUUUUAUGAUUCAGCUGAUUAUUCACUAAUAGAUCAAGGUCUAUUCAUAGCAUGAUCUGUCCAGCCCAUUCCUACAUCUUCAACAAAAAUCAAAAUUCACGCAUGAAAGACACUUAAAUGUUUCUUGUAGUUAACUACAUCUUUAUUGAAGAACUUCAACUUCAAGGGUUGGGGUAUUCUUUUUCCGAUCAUCAAGGAUUUUGGAUAUUGUAGUAUGUACAAAAAUGGGUGAUUACAAAUAUUGAGCUUAAUUAAUAACUUUGCU